AUUCAAUGAACUUUCUGGUCUCCUUUUCGAAUUCACAACGGUCGUGAUACCGAGCUCCGUUCAAGCUUUUGGCUGUUCUUGGCGGUUAAUUUUCUGGGUUUUGUUGUGUUGUUUCUCUGAUAAUCAAGAACUCGGCGGCGUGAUUCGAAAGCCCUGUUUUUUGUUUCGGUUGAAAUCGGUGAUGGGUUCGACGGCAAAUCAAAACCCGAAUAUGGGUUUGGGUUCUUUCCCCAAAAGGAAGCGUCGGGGGUUGUCGGUGGAGGAUACUUUGAAGAAGUGGAUCGAUAAUCCCGACGAGAAGAGGGCUUGUAAGGCACCGGCGAAGGGGUCUAAGAAGGGUUGUAUGAAGGGAAAGGGAGGGCCGCAGAAUCAGAACUGCCGCUACAGAGGCGUGCGGCAGCGAACGUGGGGUAAAUGGGUGGCGGAGAUACGCGCACCCAACAAGGAGAAGAGGCUCUGGCUCGGCACUUUCCCGACUGCUCUCGACGCCGCUCUGGCGUACGACAAGGCCGCCUCGGCUAUGUACGGCCACAAGGCCAUUCUCAACAUGCCCCAGGGUUCCAUUCACUUGGAUAUCUGCGAUCAACACGCCGCAGCAGGAGGCGGGAGUGAAACAGAAACGGCGGCGACUUCUUCUACCUCAGCCGUCAAUAGGGUUUCAACUGCAGCGGAGACGACUACUUCUACCUCGGCCGUCAAUGGGGUUUCAACCGCAGCGGCGACGACUACUUCAACCUCGACCGUCAUCGGGGUUUCAACUGCAGCGGCGAGUACUACGUCUAGCUCGGCCGUCGAUUUGUCCAAUGGGAUUUCAAGGGGUACUUGUGUGGGUUCUGAGGCCGCCGUGGGAGGCGGAAGCGAGACAACAACGGCGGCGGAAUUCGAGUUCCCAGAUUACGGGACGAAAGAUUUCAAGUUUGCGGACGGCGUAGACGUUUUCGGCGACAUUUUUUCUGAACUUGGAUUAUGUGAUUUGUGGGAAGACUAUGGAGGUUUAGGUUUAGAGGAGAUUUUUCAUCAUUAGAAACUUCUCUUUUCUUAUUAGAUUAGCAGAGUUUUGGGAUACUCUUGGAACAGCUUACAAUCACUUUAU